GGUUGUUCGCACCUACGCGAAUUCUCAUAUGCAAUUGUCAAUUUAUGUGUGAAAACAAAAGCAAAAAUAUUUCCCUCCUUCACUUUCGCAAGUAAAAACCAAUACAAUAUCAACAGAGUCGUCAGGGCCAAUCGCGCUUUGCUGCAAGAUUUCAGCAAGAUUUUAGCUGCGGUAAGAUAGAAACACAGAUAAAACCAAAAGCUGUGAACGAUGAGGCUAUUAGGAACAUAGGUAUUUUGAAUAUGUUUACAUCCAAAAGUGGUUAGAAAAUGAUAGCAUUGCUGUGCUAAAAUGAAAUAAUGUGGCAAACUUUGUUAUAUGCACAUUCUUUGAAUACAUUUUUCAAGAGCGAUUUCAAUAUUCAAAGGACAACAAAUUGCAUAUUUUGGCUAUGUUGUGUCUUGGCAAUACUCUUUUUCUACUUCAGGAAAAGUUUAGAGGUUGUUCUACGCCGAGGGCGCAUCCAGACAAUCAAACACUCCCAAACUGUACAGCAUGCUUGGAACAUCUGUUUUUAUAUUGCCGCUACGAUAUUUCUAAACUUGUAUCACAAACUUUUAAUACGACCGGAAAUUGCCGUGCAGAGCAGCAAAUAUUUCCCUCAGUACAACAACACUAUAUUUCUCACUGCUUGUGAUAUUGUCAAGUUUGAAAUUGUUACUAUGGUAUUAGUGGCAUUUGUUACAAUUGACGCUUUAGCACGCCUCAGCAACACGGAUUACUUGGCGGCAAUCCAAAAAAUCUGCUAUAUCUCUUUGCUGCUUUGCUGUUUUGUUUUACGAUUAGAAAACUACAGCGUCUUACUCAAUACCUAUUUGGGUGUAUUUAAUGCUUUUCAGGAAGUUUUACUUUUGCUUUCGUUACAUACCAAUCAAAAAAGCGAUGCGAUAUUGAAACUUUUUGUGAUUUUCAUUUGUAGUUCAUGGUCAUACAUAUUCCUUAAGAUUUUACCGUUUGAAUUUCUCAUUCCCUCAUUGUAUGCCAACAAUAAGGACCUUCAUUUGUAUUUAAACAUCGUAUUUUGGGUAUGGUACUGUUUGAGCAUAUGGAAUUCACCCAUACUCAAGUUUUUGUACCAUAAAAUCUAUCAUUCAAACCCUUAUGAUUGUGUAGGUGGAGAGUUAUCCUUGCGAUGUAUUUUAUUGGGAGACAGUCGUAAUUAUCGUCACUAUCGUAAUCUGGAAAGAGCUUUCCUAGAAAUAAAACUUUUUUAUAGUAAUGGUAAGCUUAGUGGCGUGAGACACAGCGACAUCGACAAUACCCCGGCUAAGGCUUAUCAAACGAUAAAAUGUGUGCUUGCCUUGAAGCGAAAACUACGAAAGAUACGAGAAAACAGAGACCAGCUUUUGGAAGAUUGAUUAUCUUACAAUAUCGAUAACAACAUUUUCACAUAGCCUUUACACCAUUGACUCGUACUAAUAUCCAGCAACACUGUGUAUAGAUAGUAUUACUUCGUAUUGACAUUCAACUAUGAGCAUACAUAGUUAAAAAAUAAUAAAAUUUCAAAAGGAGGUCGAGUAUUUGGCAGUAAUAUGGAUUGUGCCGUUAAAAUGGUUUGAGAAAUUUUACUCUAAAAUAAACUGAGUACGCUAAGCAAAA